CCCCAAAAAAAAAAAAAGGGAUCAAUGCCACUAAAAAUAGUAGCUGAGGAGUCACCAACAAAGAAUAUGAAUAUGGAAGUGAAAAUAAGAGAGUUCGAUGAAGAAAGAGAGAAUGAAAAAGUGGAGGAUUUGGAGAGACAAUGUGAGUUUGGAGGCCAACACCAAGGCCAGCCUUCCCUCAUCACUCACCUCUUGGGUGAUCCUUUCGGAAGAAUACGCCAUUUUCCUACUCGCAUCAUGAUGGUUGCAGAUUAUGGAGGAGAUAUUGUUGGAGUUAUAAGAGGAGGUAUAAAACCCGUUACUGGAGGAAAGAAGGUUGUUGAUGAUGAUAAUCUGCCUAUUUAUGUCAAGUUAGCUUAUAUUUUGGGCUUACGAGUCUCUCCCAUGCACAGACAAAAGGGUAUUGCUACAAAGUUGAUUCAGAAGUUGGAGGAAUGGUGCAAAGGAAAAGGAGCUGAAUAUGUUUAUAUGAUGACUGAUUGUGCUAAUGAAGCCUCAAUCAACUUGUUCACCUACAAGUUUAACUACUCUAAAUUUUGCAACCCAACCGUAUUGGUGCAACCAGUACAUGCACAUAGGAAACCAGUAACCUCCAGCACUGCUAUUGUCCAAGUACCGCCACUAGUAGCUGCAUCUAUGUAUCGAAGAAUCUUCUCCAACUCAGAGUUCUUCCCUCAGGACAUAGAGUCAAUAUUAUCAAGCAAACUUCACUUAGGAACCUUCAUUGGGAUGCCAAAGAGGUACCUACAAAAAUGGGAUCCUCAAAAGAAGCUUCCACCUUGCUUUGCUAUUAUGAGUGUGUGGAACACUAAGGAAGUUUACCAAUUACAACUAAAAGGUGUGUCUAAGGUAACAAAGGCUUGUUGUCUAGGGAGUAGGGUUUUGGAUGCUCAUAUGCCUUGGCUUAGGGUGCCUUCUAUACCAAACAUGUUUAGGCCUUUUGGCUUCUAUUUCUUGUAUGGCCUACACAUGGAAGGGAAGGGGUCUUUAAAAUUGAUGAAAAGUCUAUGCAACUUUGCACACAACAUGGCUAGGGAUGACGUGGCGUGUGCUGCCGUUGUUGCUGAGGUGGCACAGUGGGACCCAGUUAGCGAGGCUAUCCCACAUUGGAAGAGGUUUUCAUGGAGUGAGGACUUGUGGUGUAUGAAGAAGCUCCCAAAUAAAGAAGGGGGCAACAAUCCUCAGCCUUUAGAUUGGGUUACUUCUCGAUCCGCAUCAACACUCUUCGUUGAUCCGCGAGAUUUUUGAUUGCUUCCGAACCCUACCUCAUCCCACCCCACCCACCUCAAAAAAAAGUUCUUGUACGAGUAGUUAGCUAGAUAUGAUAUGCCCACUGGCCUGCAUGAGAGCAAGGCGUGAAUGUAAAUAGUGCAUAUGCUAUGUAUUUGGUGUUCCAAAGUGUGGAAGUAAAUAAUGCAAUUUUCGCACAAGCUGAAAUUGGAAAGAUCUGCUCACC